GGAAGCUACUAUUAACAAAAUUCUUGAAAAUCAAUGUUUUUGUUGAACAAAAAUAAAUGUUAAAGUAACUACGACUGGACGUAAGGAACAUCUAAAAAGUUGCUGAGAGCGGUUCAGUUCCCUAAAGUCUCAGGUGAAGAAGUCCAAAGAAUCAAAAUUAUAUGGUGCAUAACACCUUUAAUGAUACUUGCUGAAUAAUUGAUAUUUAUCAGCUGGUGUAAAAUACAUGGUAAUUACCUUGUAAGGGAAAGCACCUGUUAGACAAAUUGGAUUAAGUCAACAAACAUACUUAAUCUGGCGACUGCAAAAUGGAGUUAUAAAUGAUACUUAAACUUUGUGUAAGUGUUGAUAUAAAUGUGAAAGAUUUGAAAAAGUUUGAAUGUACAUGAUUGUUUUGGAUGUGUUUUGCAUAAUACAUUACAUGUAUAUGGGAUAAAUUUAGAAUUAUUUAAAUAAUGUUGUAUGUGAACAAAGUUAAAGGCAUAGAUUAAGAUAAGCUGAGUGAAAGAAAAAUGGAACAUGACAAAUACUGAUAUCCCAUUGUUUUGGUAAGAUUUACAUGAAGUGAAGGAGGGAUUAAAUUGGUGAUGUUAUAAGUGGCUUCAUCAUUGAUUUUGACAAGUGUAUCUCUCAGUUUGAACCAAGGAAACUUCUACACGUAUUGUUCAAUUUUUGGCAACUGAUAUAGACUAUAAAGUGUACCAUAUCUUAAUGUACGGGUCGACAUUGUUGUGAUUUAAAUAUCUGGCCUUCACUAGAAGAUUAAAUGAAAUUACUACUGUAUUGGUUUUUGAAUUGAAGUUAUGUAAAGUUUGCACGUUUCAAUAUAAGGAAGGUUUCAAUUUUUUGUAUAAAUGAUAGGUAAAUAUUUUUAUUUUGAAAUUCCAUAUCUGUCACUUGUAAGGUAAUUGUAAGGUAAGACUGGCAUUCACAUAUUAACAUUAUUAACCACAAUACGGCAAAGAAGCAACGGAUACAAAAGUGUUUAAUUGCAUUUAAUUGCUGUCUAAGAAAUGUACUGUGAAUUAAACCAUAUUGUGAAGUUUCUACCAUUCAAAUGGACUCUUGUCUGGCCUGUAAUUAUAUAUCCAUUUUGAAACUUUUAUUAUGAGGUCAAAAGGACUUUUAGAAUAAGCAUUCCAGUGGAGGUAACAAACCCAUACAUUUAAAUCUAGAGAUCCUUAAAACUGAAGUCAAUAGAUGACUUGGAAUGAAUUGUAACCAUAUUUAGUCCAAUAUGUCGGGAUCUGACGCUGAAGAUGAGAAAUUUGUGCGAAAUGUGAUCAGCGAGCUAUCAGCUUUUCACUCUACUGACCUGCCAUCCACAAACACCGGUCUGGAAAAUGAGCAGAUAUCCAAGGAGACCAAAGCUGAAAAUGGAGUGAGUGAAGAAGUUCCUGCUGGUAGUAACAGUGAGUUCAGUGAUCAGAACCAGACCAAUCAGAACGUAGCUAAUCCAGAGCCUGCCACUGCCAGGCAGCCUAGUCGAAUUAUCAGGCUUUCUAGGCCAACAAAUCCUUACAGCAUGAGCAGAACUCUCCCUACAACUUCUCUAGCAUCUGUCGCAUCUGAAGCAAGUAAUGUCUCGUCUACUCAUUCUCUGCUGUCUUCCACAACUGCUUUAAGUACCACAUCGAGUUCAAUUCUUGGUUCUGCAGCCCCUGGUAGCCGCCUGGCUGCCCUGCAAAGACCUGGCAGUCCAAUGCAUAGGAUCCUGCAACGAUCUAAUAGCCCAGCCCUGGCUGCAGCAGCUUCAAUAUUGAAUAGGCAGUCUGUGGCUGAACACACAAAUGGUGGUGAGAGUAGCAAUAAUGGCGCGAUAGUCAACAGAAAUGACAAUAAUACUUAUAGUAAGGACAUUGUGUCCAAGAUUGUUAAUGGUAGUUCUGAUGGAACAAGCAAGACUGUACUCUUUGAAGACACAUCAAAAUCAGAUGCUGAAACUGCUGAGGCUGAAGGGUCUGCCCCACCAGCCGUUCCUCCAAGGAUACAAAGCGCUAAACUUACCAGUUCUAUUUUGUUACGAAGACCACAGAGUCCUUUAAAUACAGGACGACAUGCACAACUUCUAAAUAAGCCAAAUUCAAGCCAAAGUUUUGACAGCAAUGGGCCAUUGAGUCCUUCAAAUGGUGAACAAGAUGCCUUGAAACCAACAAGUAAUGCUGAUGAGAGCCUGGUAUCUGAGAGAGUUGCUAUUAAGAACAAGUUGAGAAAUAACAGUUUCAGGCUGAAAGAUUUGUUAAAUAAGAGACCAUUUGCAAAGGCAAGAGAUGGUGAAUCAGAAGGAUCCGAAGAACAGGCUGCCAGUGGUCCUGAUUCAGAGAAUCUGAAAGAUGCUGUGACAACUGAAACCGGUGUUGGUAAAAUGACAAGUGAUUGUCCUGAUAGGACCCGAUGGAGGCGAGAGGGUAUUUCUUCCUUGCAGAGGUCAAAAUCGACAGUUUCUGAUAGGCCACCAACCUUGAUUUCUUCUGGUAUUUUACGACCACGAACAUUAAAUAGAGUUGGAAAUACUAGUGCUGAUAUGAACUCCGAAUUUUCUAAUAUUGAUGACAGAAUUGCCAAAAACGGACUUGAACAAACAGUUCACAAUAAUGCCAACACUAAAGGAAAUGAGUCAGUAAAAGUUGAUGAAAGGUUAGGGUCACCUGAUGGGAUAAACGAUGUUCCGUCAAGCAGAGUAACUUUAUUACGCAGUCCCAGGACAAGACAAAUUGUAUCAAAUAAUACUGUGCCAUGCUUAAGUCCUACCAAAGAGUCAACAACCUGUGAUACGGACAUUAAAAGUGAUAAUUAUGAUCAUAUGAAAUCUGAACAAGAUCAGAAUGAUCGAAAAGCAAAAGUUUUAACUGAUCUCGAAAAGGAAAAUGAAGUGAAUCUUGUGUUUGAUUCGCAGACAAUUGGCCAACAAGAUGCAGAGCUCAGUGAUGCACAAAAUACGAACAAAGUGGAAGUGAAGUCAAACAGAAAAUCUAUAUACACUAGAUCUCAGUCAGAGUUCACUAAAGCAGUUCAAAGCCCCACAGAGUUGGCAGAGAUAAAAAUGCACUCAGAACCAGCUACCCCUCAAAAAGAAAACCAUUCCAUUCCAAGCAGCCAAUCAUACGAGAAUAACCCUGACCUUGAGUUUGCUAAUUCGUCGCCUGCUUUGAAACGAAGCCUGGUUGUAACCGAUCUUGAUCAGGCAAUGAAGGAUAGAGAUUAUCAAAAGUUGGCAUCCAUUUUUCGAGACAGAGAUGUCGAAGUAAGGAAACCCAGUGACAAAUUGGAGAAUCAAACCAAAGGUUUCAGUCACGAUGACGACAGGGAGACCGACCUUGAUGCCCAGCGGGUCCUACCCCUAUCCCGCCUGCGAGGGAGCCCAAUGGUGCAUGCCCGCCUCCAGGCCUCUGGGGACUCCACCAUCCCAACCCAUCAGGCCCCACACCCCUCCCCUCCGGUCAACCCUGUGGCCCCUAUGGUGUACAAGCCCCACAUAAAUCUGGAAGAUGCUGUAAAGUGGCCCAUGGAGUUGCCGGGCAAACUGGAUGUCAGAAAAAUGGAUGUGUUUGAAGGCCAGAUGCUCCUCAACUGGCUGUCAGGCAGUAUCGACAAGGCCCACUACCUGCGACUGGUCAUGACGCAGCACGACAUCAAUGUGAUCGUGUGUCAGGUGUGCACCUGCCUCAUCGCCGCAGGAAUUAUGAGGCAGAUUGAGGCCAAGGAACAGGAGCAUGUGUUCAAGACUGACUGCAUGUACUACUGGACCCACACUCAGACUAGCGCCCAGUCGCCAGUCCACGAUGUGAGCAAGAUGACGCCCAUGUGGCCCCCUACCCAGGAUCAGGUGGCGGAGACCAAGCCCGGGCUCAAGUACACUGAAGCAGCAAAUGAAGCCUGGAUGCCCUACCACCAAGCUGCCAUGGUAACUCUUCGCCAUGAAUACAGGGAGCAGGUGGACAGUAUUCAGGCUGAUCACAAGGGUGUGCUGGACAGGGCCCGUGAGGAGUACGAGACCAGACUGCAGCACGCCGUAGAGAGGAUAGCUCUCCUCACACGGGAGGUGGAGAAAUACAAACAGCUGGCUGGCAUAGAGAAGUUCACACAGAACGCUCUCUCAGAUGCAGAAAAGGCUCAAAAGGAGUCUGGUCUUCUAUUUGACGGUGUCCAUAGCAAUGGGCAUGUCACGCCCAACUCCCAGUACCACACUCCUGCAGGCACCCCAGGGGAGGCCCACUAUGGGGGCCACCUCAACUCCAUACGGCCCCACUCAGACGUGCUAGGUGACCUCUCCCUCGACGGCACCUCAGGUUCCGAGACCAGCAGUCUAGGGGGCGUGAGUAUAGGGUCAGGCUCAGUGGGCGACUAUGUGAUACCGCCCCCACCCCCUCCCCCACCCCCAGGCAUCAUUCCACCACCACCUCCACCUCCUAGUCAGAUGAACAACAACAGACGAGCCAGCAAGCCAGUUGUUCACCCCAAGUCCCAGAUGAAGGCUCUGUUUUGGGAGAGGAUUCAGGUGCAGGAAUUGAAAAGCCAGAAACACAAACAGUAUGCAGACAAGCGUCUGGUCUGGGACGAGGUGGAGGAGCUCAACAUUGACAUCACGGAGCUCGACACACUGUUCUCCAAGACGAACAUUGAGCCCUCACGACGCUUCUUCUCCAACAAGCCCAAGAACCAGGCAGCUGAGGUUGCCAAGGUGAUUAACGCAAAGCGUUCGCAGACCGUUGGGAUAUUUCUAUCUAGUCUUCGUAUCGAUAUGUCAGACAUCGAACAUGCCAUACUCACAUUUGACACAGAAGUUCUUGGAGAGGACAAACUACGCCAAAUAUAUGAGAUUCGUGGAGAGCAGGAAGAGUUGAAGAAACUGCGGGAGUAUGUGAAGAAGCACCCUGACACUCCACUGGACAAACCGGACCAGUUUGUUUACGACCUGUCGUUAAUCCCUGACUACGCAGAGAGGAUAUUCUGCUUCAUCUUUCGUGAGACGUUCCAAGAGAGCAUUGCUGUGAUAGAGACCAAGAUGACCAACCUCCGUAUGACCUGCAAGACCUUGAUGGAGAGUACUAGUCUGAAAAAAAUCCUGGGUCUAGUGUUGGCACUUGGAAACUACAUGAACGGAGGAAGUAAGUCACGCGGGCAGGCAGAUGGUUUUGGCAUUGAAAUCCUACCAAAGCUGAAGGAUGUUAGGAGCAAGGACCAGGCAACCAGCCUGCUACACUACGUGGUGGUUCAGUACAUUAAGAAGUUUGAGAAGGGUCUAGCAGGCACAGACAAGGUCAAGUACCCCUUGCCUGACCCCGGCGACCUCAAGCAGGCCUGUCUCGUUAACUUUGAUGAGCUUGAAAAGGAGCUGACAAGGAUCAAGGCAGAUUUUAAUGCUGCGGAGGAGCGUGCUGACAAAGUCAUCAAGUCUGCCAAGGAGCAUGUGCACCUGCAACCCUUCAAGGACAUCAUGACCGAGUUCUUUGAACAAGGACGAAAGGAGUUUGAAGAACAGCAAGAAAACUUAGCUGAAGGGAAAAGUUUAUUCCAAGAAACUGUGAUAUUUUUCUGUGCUAAGCCCGAGGGUGGAAAGAAGGAGGUUACACCAGACUAUUUCUUUGAGAAGUUCGAGACAUUCUGUCAGGACUUUAAGGACACUUGGAAGAGAGAGCAGCAACGGAUAGUCAAGAUCAGGAUUCGUGAGAAUGAAAUUCGGGUGAAGCAGAUGCAGGAGAGGUUGGCCAAACAGCCCGUACGGACACGCACACGAACACGCGGUGGACUGAAAGACCGCCUGGCAAAGCAAGGUCUCUUGGAGUCAUGAAAGCAAGCCCUACCACCACCUGGUCAGGGACAACGACACCUGAGUACAACAGUUCAGUUGGAAGUACUCUAGCAUACAAAAGCUGCAGCAGUAUUCAUCCCGGAGCACUUGUACGCAUUAGGUCUGAGUAGACCGUCAUGACUACCAGUACAAGCUAUUAGUCCGCUUUGUUGAAGUUCAAAGACUGUGAGAUGUACCUCAAAAUGGGGACAGAUUCAUGUGAUUCUCUUGGAUGCUUGAGAUGUUAUUUCAAGGAUAUUGCUUGUGAUUUAUGUUUUGACACAAAGUUGGGGAAAAAUUAAGAAACUGAAAGGAAGUUUCCUUAUAAAAAUAUUUGCUGGCAAGAUGUUUUGGUUCUGGGCAUAUGGACAUCAGACUGAAUAUUGAAAGAAACGAUUACAUUUACAAAAGGAUAAAUAAAUGUAAGAGCUAUGGCUAUAUAGAUGUUGUUACACUGAGUUUGGAUUGAGUUUUAAUUUCUAGUAACUUCAUUGUCAUGUUCACAAGAGCAAUUGCACUCAACCGUUCAUUGUAUGAAAUAUUUUCAUCACAAGAUGUUGUUAAGCACAUGACUUAUUAGUCUUAGCAGUAAUAUAUUAAGAUUUAAUUGUGAUAUUGCUAUUGAUUUGAAACAGUCUUUCAGCCAUAUUCAAGGAAACACUAUUCUGAUUCUCUCUAAUACAUGUCCGCUAUUUAAAUAUUGUGCUAUUGUGUCGCUCAAAUAUAAUAUUUGAGAUAAGAUAAAGAACUCAAAUUACCAGUAAUGGUUUUCAUGUUAAGCAAACUAAGCAAAAGAAAGAAAGGAGUUGAGGAAAUACAUUUUUCUACUGAGAAUAGGGAAUUUUUUUGGCAAACUCUUGUAUGGUUUCCCAUCUAACAAUCAUAUCAUUAUUUUGGGAAACAAUCUGUCUCCUUAAAUAAAUGGCGAUGAAAUAUUUUUGUUGUUAUGUUUGUGCGUUUAUUUUUUAUUAUAAAAUGUUCAAAUAUGACAUCCACACAUCUGUUCGAAGUAAAUUAAAUUAUAUAUUAAGGAAUAUAUUUGAGAAUCGUUUAGAUCCCUAUUUAAUAUUUAUUAUUUAUAUUGAAUCUCAUGAUUUUGUGUACUUUUUUUAUCAGUUGCAACAUUAUCUUCCUUAUAAUAUGUAUAUAUAUAUGUUUUUAAUCCUGUUAUUUUCUAAACAUGUUGCAGUAUCUUGUGAAUAAAAUGUAAGGAUUUUAGUCUGAAAUUAUAUUAAUAAGCCGGUAAAGGGGAAACCAGGCUCAAUGCAUACCCGGUAUGUGUUAAGUAUUGUCCCAGAUUAGCCUGUUGGCAUUGACUUAUAUGGGUCGACAAUAUCUGCUUUUAUGGAGUUUUUAGAUUCAAUGAUGUCUCAUCGAAACAAAUAUCCAUUCUAGGAAGAAAGUGUCAUUCUUUGAGCACAAGAGGCUAGCCCUAAUGUUAAUUUAAGCUUUUCUGGAAAUGGUUUUUGCCAUGCAGUGUUGGAAAAGGAAUAUGAAAAAUUGAUCUGCUAAUCAAACCUUUAAGAAUGAUAUAAAUAUGAUGUUAUGAUUGCAAAGAAAUUAGCAAUUAACAUUUUAUUCGCUGCUUCAAUUUAUUGCAAUUUAAUGUGCACAGCAAUAUUAAUGAGUAGAAUACUGUUUAUUCUGUAUGAUUUCCCAACCAUUCAGCUUAAUUUUUUAUCGACAUUCCUAAAACAUUAAGGAUGAUUAUUCAUCCUUGUAGAUAUCCUAUAAUUAUUAAAAUGACUUGUUCAGAGAUUGUCAAAAUGACAAUUUUCCAACUUUUCAUAUUAAUUGUAUAAAUGAUAUAAAAUGUAUGUAAUGUAACAGCCUGGUUGGCUGAGUGUUUGUUUAAUAGAUUUUAAAUCCAAAGGUAAGUGGUUCCAGUGGUGGGUUAUUCAGUUUUCCUUUUUCUUUCUUUCUAAAAUAAUAUUCUUUUGUCAUUCAGGAGCUCAGAUGUGUACAUGUACAUUUAUCAGCUAAAGCAUAGUAUGACAAAUUAAAAAAGUAAAAAAUCUGUGAACAAGUUGCUUUAAUGAAUUGCAGACAAAUUGUUAAUUUAACAUAAACAUGUUAUAUUUUAGAGAACAUUCCAAAAUGAUAAUAGCUUGUUUUAUCACGUCUGAAAUACACCCAAUGUAAAUGAUGAGAUGUUUAUAAAAUGUGUGCGAAAUGUAUCUAAUGAAAAACACCUGUUAUUUCAUUCAGAAAUUGAUUCAUUAAGGAUUUUAUUUGUACAAUUGUAACAGAUGCUACUAUUUGAAGUAGUUUUAAAGUAACAUUCCUGCUCAAAAUCAACAAAAAUUUCGUACAAUAUUUCAUAAAAUAAAGCUAAACAAUUAAAAAUCUUUGUUCCUUAUGGCAAUUGCCGAAAUUUCAACGCCGGAUGUGGUCUGGUAAAAUAGAUGUUUGUGGAUACAAAAUGCUCGCGUAUAUUAUGGUUUUAACAUGGUACCAUUUUAGUGUUCGUGUGUCGUAUGAAAAGAUAUAUUCACAGGAAAUUAGCAUGGAAUUUAUUGUGUCCACAAAUAAAUAAACACGAGCAUUUUGUAUCUACACAAAUCUAUGUAAUCUAACCACACCUAGCGUUGAAAUUGUGGCUAUUGCUAUAAGGAACACUGAAGGUUUAGGUGUUAACUUUAUUUUUCGAAAUACUUUACGAAAUUUUUGUUGAUUUUGAGCGUUACAGAGACUUUAAUCAAAUAAUGAAAAUUUUCAAAAACAUGGAUUUGUUUGAUCUUUCUCCAAUUAUUACAUGCAUAAAAUAUUUUUUUCCAAAAAGUUCUACAUCCAAAAUAAGUACAAAAUGCAUGUUUCAUUUAAAUGCUAGAACCAUUGUUCCAAUCCAAAAUAAGUACAAAAUGCAUGUUUCAUUUAAAUGCUAGAACCAUUGUUCCAAAGAGUUCUUUAGGGAUGUUUUACAUUUGUUCAAGAUUUAGUAAUGUAUGUUUGCAUUCCAUAUGAUCACUUGUGGUUUUAUUUAUAUGCAAGAAUGGAUCUUCUUAUUUGUUGAUAUUUAGAGUUUAUUCAUUUUAUACAUGAUAUUUAUUUUCAGCAUUUAGAGAUUUUUACAUUUUCACACAGUCUUUGUGUACAUUUUUAUUUGCUUUUUGUUUCAAUUACAUUAUAAGUUGGUUGUUUCCAUAUGCCAUCAUUCCAUUUGUUUAUCAUGACCAUGGUUUGCAGAUACUUUAACUUAGUGUGUUACCAUUUUAACUCUUCCAGUGCUGGAACCGAAUUUUGAAGGCCUUUGCAAACCGUUUGGAUCCAGAUGAGACGCCACAGAAUGUGGCGUCUCAUCAGGAUCCAAACUGUUUGCUAUUCUGAUAGUGUUCUUUGAAAAAAAUCAAAGAAAAUGCUAAUUUUAGAAAUUCAGCAGAAAACAUUUUUGCAGACGACAAAUUUCCCAGCAUGACAAGGGUUAACAGUGUUUGGUAGCGUAACUUGUAAAGUAAUAUGGCUCCUGUAUGGAACCUCAAGUGAUGUCAGCAAUUAAUUAACAGGUUAUACAAGUGUAUAACUCAGCUGCUACAUUUUCAUACUGCAAUUAUAUUGUUCAGAACAAUAUUAUGUAAGACAUUAACAACAAACAUAUAAAGUUAAUGUAAAGUCUCCUAAAGCAAACAUGGUGCACCAUUUUAUUUGAUUGAUUUAAGUUCUUUAGACAGUUAUUCCUUUUGCUCAUCCGGGAAAACAUUUUAGCUAGGGAGCUGGCAUCCAUGAAAUCUCAUUUUGUCAAUGUUUUCAUUAUCUUAUGAAAAACACUUAAUGUGGAACUUGUUUGAUUUUACCCAAGGACAAGAACUGAUUUUAAUCUUACCACAUCUGACAGUUUUGUGUUAUCUGAAUUUCCACACAAGCCAUGGAUAUUUUGUGACGUUGUUUGUGACUGCUGAUAUUCCAGUUAUGUCAUUAGUCGUUGUUUGUGACUGCUGAUAUUCCAGUUAUGUCAUCAGUAUGUUUUCCUUUUUAAUGAAAUAAAUGAUACAAAUUCAA